CUUCUGUUCCUGUCGCCGAUCGCGGCUCCCGUUUGCGCGCUCACAGCGGCGCGGUGGUCCCAGCACGGGCCUCAGACUCGGGCUUUGGGUGAAAGAAAAUGGCCCGAACCAAGCAGACCGCUAGGAAGUCGACCGGGAGGAAAGCGCCCGGCAAGCAGCUGGCCACCAAGGCGGCCCGGAAAAGCGCGCCCUCUACCGGCGGGGUGAAGAAGCCGCACCGCUACAGGCCCGGGACCGUGGCUCUGCGAGAGAUCCGUUGCUACCAGAAGUCGACUGAGCUGCUCAUCCAGAAGCUGCCUUUCCAGAGGUUGGUGAGGGAGAUCGCCCAGGACUUCAAGACCUACCUGAGGUUUCAGAGUGCAGCCAUCGGUGCCCUUCAGGAGGCCAGUGAAGCGUACCUGGUGGGGUUGUUUGAAGAUACCAAUCUGUGUGCCAUCCACGCCAAGAGAGUCACCAUCAUGCCCAAAGACAUCCAGUUGGCUCGCCGGAUACGGGGGGAGAGAGCUUAAGUC